AUGGACGGACGUACAGGAACGAACAAUAAUUUCGAUUUUAGUAAGAUAUUCCCCACAUGUUUUUAUGAAUAUUAUAUACAAACAAGAAUUCCUAGAGGUGAUGAUAAGGCAAUUAAAAACAAGUGCCAACAUUUUAGAAGUAACGUUGGAGUUAGCGAAAAUAAACAAAAUUUUCUGUCAUAUUGCAAGGAUCUUUUUAAUUAUAUAGAUUAUGUAAUCAAAAAGUCAUUCAUAAUGGAUAUAAAAUCAAAUUGUAUAUAUUUAAAUUUUGAACUAAAUUAUGCUCAAAAGUAUUAUGGUUUUUCUAAAAAAAAUACUAAAGAUAAUUUCGAAUCAAUGAUUAAUGUUAAAGAAAAUACAAUAUAUAAGAGCAUGUAUGACACAUGUGCGGUUCAUAUUAAUGACCUUGAUGAUGACACAUUUUCAAAAAUUGACAAACUAUCUGAAUUAAAUAAAAUAUUUUAUAGUAAUAAUUUUACAUGUCUACGUUCUAGUGAUUGUUAUAAAAAAUACAAGGAACUUGUACAGAUGUCUGAAAAUUAUAAUAAUACGAGUUUUCAUAAAUUAUUAAAGCGUUUUAAGGAAGAAAAUAUGGAAUAUUUGAUAGAUUUAUUUCCAAUUUCUCAAAUAUGUGAAAUCACACCUUGUUCUUCUAGGACAAGUUCAGGUAUCAUUAUAAUAACAUUACUAAUAGUUUCGUUUACGACAUUAAUAAUUACAUGUUUCUUACAUAAGUAUACUAUUUAUCGUACCUUUUUACAACCAAUGAUAAGUAAGUUAAGAAGAAAAUUUAACAAAAAUAAUAAGGAUUAUAUAAGCUUAAUAGAUACAUAUGAAACAGAAUUCGAUAGAUUAAGUGAGAAUAAGCACCAGGUGUCUUAUACUUACUCAGAAUCCUAUUAA